GUUAAUAUAUUUUUUUCCUUUUUCACAAGCUGUUAGUGUUACUGUAGAUUUACGCAAGGUUUAGCUUAACUCUAAAAUGGUUCAGCAUCACCUACUUUAGUACUACGACUACAAAACUGAUCAGCUUCUCCUUCUCUCUUCCAUGGCGAUUCUCGUCGUCUGAAUUAGGUACUUUUCUAAAUCUUACACCUUCUAUUCAGUACGCGAAAUUGACUCUUCUUUGCUGUCUUGACCUAGAAAUACGAAAAUUUCAAAAUCGAAGCUCGAUUCCAUUUGUUUAGGGUUGAUAUUACGAUUCUGAUUCCAUUUGUUGUUGAAUUCGUGUAAGGUUGUGGAAUCGAAGUAUUGAGAGGGGAGAUUAUUGAAAUUAGGGGUUUUGAAUAGUGAUGGAUGGUAAUAAGGAUGAUGCGUCUCGGUGUUUGAGAAUCGCCGAAGACGCCAUUGUUUCUGGUGAUAAAGAACGAGCGUUGAAAUUCAUCAAUAUGGCGAAACGGCUUAAUCCAAGUCUCUCUGUUGAUGAACUUGUUGCUGCUUGUGACAAUCUGGAUUCAGUUUCGAGGAAUUCUUCUGUUAGCGAGAAGCUUAAAACUAUGGACGGUGAUGAUGAUAAGCUUGAGACUGGGAAAAUGAAGUAUACUGAGGAAAAUGUGGAUUUGGUUAGGAAUAUUAUAAGAAACAAUGAUUAUUAUGCGAUUUUGGGUUUGGAAAAGAAUUGUUCUGUUGAUGAGAUUAGAAAAGCUUAUAGGAAGUUGUCUUUGAAAGUUCAUCCAGAUAAGAACAAGGCACCUGGUUCAGAGGAGGCGUUUAAGAAAGUUUCGAAAGCGUUUACUUGUUUGAGUGAUGGUAACUCGAGAAGACAGUUUGAUCAGGUGGGGAUUGUUGAUGAGUUUGAUCAUGUUCAGAGGCGGAAUCGUAGGCCGAGGAGGAGAUAUAAUACGCGGAAUGAUUUCUUUGAUGAUGAGUUUGAUCCUGAAGAGAUAUUCAGGACGGUUUUUGGUCAACAACGAGAGGUGUUUCGUGCUUCUCAUGCUUAUAGGACUAGACAACCACGUAACCAAUUCCGAGAGGAGGAGAUUAAUGUUGCUGGACCAAGUUGUUUGACGAUUAUUCAGAUUUUGCCAUUCUUUCUGCUUUUGUUGCUGGCUUAUUUACCCUUUUCUGAGCCUGACUAUUCUCUGCACAAGAACCAGUCUUAUCAGAUACCAAAGACGACACAGAAUACGGAGAUUAGUUUUUAUGUUAGAUCAGCAUCAGCCUUUGAUGAGAAGUUUCCGCUCAGUAGCUCAGCCCGAGCUAACCUUGAGGGCAACGUGAUCAAAGAGUACAAACACUUUCUUUUCCAGUCUUGUCGCAUUGAGCUUCAAAAACGUCGGUGGAACAAGAAGAUACCAACCCCUCACUGCAUCGAACUUCAAGAUCGCGGAUUUGUUGACAGGCAUAUACCGAUAUGAUACCAGCUCAGAACUUUCCAACAUUCGCUGAGACCUGCCAGAUUUGGAUGUUCCAGAGGUUCUUGGGCUGCAAGUAUAAUCUGUAAUGUGUGUAGGGAGGAUAACAAUAGUCUCUUUUGUUUGGUUCAUAUAGAUUUGGAGAUGAUAAUUCCUAGGUGAAUAUUGAGAACAACAAAGAAGAAAUUACUCACAACAAGGUACUUGUCACCAUACUCACAUUAUGAUUCAAUAAAAAUAAAGGUUGAGUCUAACAAUUCUCUCUAGAAGAUGUAGCAGAUAACAAUUCUAUUACUUGUUUAUAUGGCAACAAGUCCUUUGAUUUGUUUCAAUCAGAUCUCUUAAUGCUUUACGUUAGAACAUUUUGGUUCAAGAUUCUCGG